GCUUCAAAAGAUGGUGCAUGACAUCAAGAAAAAUGACAGUGGGAUAAUAAACAAGUUCAAAAAGUUCCAAAAUGAACAAGUGGCCUUAAUUUGCAAAACUGGGAAAGAUACUUGGGAUCGGCUAAAAAAAAAGCCUCCACCAAGUCUACCACAAAGGGAUUAUGCUUCAGAACAUGCAGACAAUGAAGAGGAACAAUGGUCAGAUGAUUUUGACAGUGAUUAUGAAAAUCCAGAUGACCACUCUGACUCUGAGAUGUAUGUGGUCCCCAGUGAAGAGAAUCCUGAUGACAGCUAUGAGCCGCCUCCAAGUGAGCAGGAGAAAAAGAAGAUUCCCUCUGCAUUCCCUAUUUCUAGGGGUGAAUACGCAGACAGUCGUACCAGUCAGCAGCAGCUUCCUCCCAUCAACAAACCUCUCCCAAGUACACCCAGUCCAGCCGUGUCCAGACCAAAGAAACCAUCCGUGCCAUCCCUGCCACUGCCAUCUCCUGCUGCAAAACCAAAAGUACCGCCAAAGCCUAAGGAGUGUAGUGAUGAUGAGGAUAAUUACAUUGUGCCAGUGGACAAUGACGACGAUAACUAUAUUGAACCCACAGAAAGCAGCGCGUCACUACCUACAAGAUCUCCUGUGAACAGAUUUAUGAAGACAACAAAGUCACCCCCUCCUACUUCUCCAAAACCUUCUAUUACUUCUGAUAUGCAAGAAGUCUAUGAGGUUCCUGAGGAAGAGGAAAAACCAUCACCACCACCAGUAACCAGGUACACUAAGCCACUUCUAUCCGUGCCUGCUCAGAAUAUGGAGCACUCUCACAUGCACAGCAUGAGCAGAGAGUCACCUAAACUGGAUACUUCCAGAAAUAUUUUGCCUCUUCCCAGAAAUCGUCUUCAUCCAAAAGCAGACCAUGAAGCAAAAACUAAUGAUGAAAAUCAUGGCUUCAAUAACACACAAGAAUCCAGAUUUCCCAUUGGAGCAGCUCCAUCUCCGUUACCAAGGGGCCUAAAGAAAACUUCUAAUGCAGUAAAUUCACCAAAACCAUGUUUACCUUCCAGAGACACUUUAACUGCAAAUGAAGAAAAACCUACGGCAGCAGAACGACGACGAGGUUCCAGCCAAGAGCUUCCGCUUCCACUCCUUCCAAGUGGUGCCCAAAAGUCUUUGCUCCAAAAGUCCUCAAUUCUGCCAAAAGUGCCAGAAGCUGCAAACCGUUCCCUGGGUGCUUCCUCUCACAGCAGCGUUUCAUCCAUUUCAAGUACUGCAGACCAGGAUGCUGGUGUUUAUAGUAAAGCAUGGUAUGCUGCUACCUGUGAUAGGAAAACAGCAGAAGAUGCAUUGUACCGAUCAAACAAAGAUGGAUCUUUUCUAAUAAGAAAGAGCUCUGGACAGGAUUCACGGCAACCAUACACACUGGUUGUGUUUUACAACAGAAGAGUAUACAACAUUCCUAUACGAUUUAUUGAAUCAACGAGACAAUAUGCACUGGGCAGAGAAAAAAGUGGCGAAGAGCGCUUUGACAGUGUUGCUGAAAUAGUAGAAAAUCAUCAGCGUACCUCCCUGGUUCUAAUUGACAGCCAAAACAACACAAAAGACUCAACAAAACUGAAAUACAUUGUAAGAGUUUCUUAAUCAAACCAAAGUGCUAACAUGAAGACUUUUUUUAAUAAUUUCUUUCAACACCUCAAAACAUGUGGAUCAGGUCUUAAAAGAACAUCCAAAAUGAUGGAAAAUACUGUUUAAGAGCAUCUACUGAGUAUUUCAACCCCAAGUCACUUUAUCAGAAAAGUACUCAUAUUUAACAGAAGCCAAAGCAGACACACUUUUUUCUGUGAAUUCAUCUGUGAAAACAUGGGUAUUCAAAGUCACGUGAAGAACUGCAUACCACAGCCUGGUCCUUUUGACUGCUAUUUAAAGAUAGAUUUCCUGUAGGACAUUUUUCACGUUAAAAAUGAGAAUACUCACGGUGAUCUACUCUUUGCAUUUGUUACAUUUACCACAGAUCACUGCUUUCAGCAAUUUCUUUGUAAAGUGCACAGCCCCAUAAGUUAGACCAACUCGACCCAAUAUACCACUGUGUACAAGUUGAAAACAGGACUGUACUUCAUGUGAUUAGUGGCAAUAAAGCUGUCUAAAUGUUUUAGAUUAAUGGACAUGUGUUGUCCUUUUCCUCAGCUUUACUCUGUUUCAUUAAUAUUUUUGUUUGUAUUUUCAAAUGUGCAAAUAAAAUUAAAAAUAUUGUGAAGUC